AUGGCGAAUGCAGCAGAACUUGUAAGAGAUCUUUUCAAGCAACUGAAGAGCCCCAAUGCAAACCGCGAGAAUGUUCUGCUCAUCGGCCAGGAUGCUCUGACCAAGGCUAAGGAGCAUUUAGAGCUCCUUACCACGGCGUCGGCUAAUGCAGAGGAGAUCCUAGAAGCCGAGAUCGUCGUACUUAGCCUCCAGGCCAUUGUUGAUCUUUGCGCUCUUUGA